AUGUCUGCCCUUCACGCUGAAGAUCCUUUGAACUAUCUGAUUGACUUAGAAGAUGGGUGCUCUGAUCUUGACAUGAAGCACAAUGUCCAGACGCUUAGACUCCUGAUAAGCAUCUUGAGGCCUUUUCUCAGGAUUUUGUUCGAGUGGCCACUGGAACACCGAGAAAUUCAAGAACUUGCGAAGCAUAUGGUCAAUGUGGUCCAAAAGGUGAGUUGGUCCUUUGAGCCCCUGCCACCAGUACGACGCUUGAAACCAGUUGAGGAUUCAUCAACGAGAAUUGCAAAACUGGUCGCUCCCAAUUUGAAAACUGUGAAGAGCUUGAAGGAGAAUUUUGCUCGCAUUAUCACCAUUUGGACUUCAUUUCCAAUUGGUAUGUACAGUAGGAGGUAUGGAGAUGAACACCUGAUACACUUCUUGGAUUCUCUCUUACAAAAUCUGAAGGAUAUCAGUAUCAUCUGUAAAGCCGAAAGAAUUAUCGGUCAGAGGGAAGAACUAGCAGAAGUCGAAGAGAGGCUAAAAUAUUUGAAAACUUUUCUCUGUCUUAUUUUUGUGCCAUUUAAAUUGAUUAAUGUCGUGGAUUCUGUUGUGAAGCUUGCUGCGGAAAUCUCAUAUAAACUUUUCCUCUGUUUUGUGGAUGACGAGUUGGUCACCGGUGAUCUGACAAGAAAGCUUAAUUCUCUCCUGCCGGAGCUCAAAGAGGUUUGUGGUGGAUCUGAUCCAUUAAGAUUGCAAGAUAAAGAGCUGAUGAUAAGUGGCGAUGUUCUGGGCUUCGUUGACCUUCUCAUUUCUAAAUUAAUGCUUCUGAUAACCAAGGCUAGACUCAUGGAUGAGCUAAAAGUUCAAAUUCAGAUCCUGGCUGACGAGCUGAGGUCUAUUAGGAUCAGGCUCAUGGAUAUGCUAUUGCAGAAUCCCAUUCAAGAAAUAAAAUCUCUUCAUCUCCCGAUGGUAACUUUGAUCGUGGACGCUGGAUUCUUCAUUUACUUCUCUCCUGAUAAAGUGGGGGAUGAAGAGUUAACAAUGACCAAUCAUUGGAGUCGUGGCCUUCGUGAUUCGCUUGAAGCCGUCCAAACAAUCCAUCAACAAGCAACUGAUUUAUUUAAGAAACACUUGCCUCUGUCAUUGCAAUCUAAUUGCCCCGCCAGCAACGAGUUGGAAAUCAUUGAUUUCCUCAUACAGAAAAUUGAAGGGGCAACUUUCGAUUGUCCGUUGAAGCAUCAAAUUGUAAUGUUGAAUGAGGAAAUGGUAACCUUGAGAAAAUGUUUGAGUGGAGUCGCAGAGCUGAUGGGGAACUCACGAAUGGAAUUUCUCUUGACACAGUUUAGGCACGCAGCCUACCAAGCCAAUUAUGUCCUCAAUUCAUUGGUGGCUGGUGAAGGAUCGCUCUGGCUUCACAGGUUGGGCAUCUUUGUCAUCACAAACGAUAUCAAGAUACUGCAGAAAGAGGUGAAAACUAUCAAGAUACUGCAGAAAGAGGUGAAAACUAUCAAGAUCAUGCAGAAAGUGGUGAAAACUAUCAAGAUGCUGCAGAAAGCGGUGAAAAACACUUGGAAGGUGAAUUUGGACGGUGGUGUUGGCAGCGUUUCCAAGGCUUCUACUCAUGCUUCAACACAAAUUCAUCAACCCCAAUCUAUUAAUGCACCUGACUGUUCCAAGGAUGGGAUGCAAAUCAAACUAGAGGAAGAUGCUAAUAAACUUGUCGGCAGGAAAGAUGCAGUAGCAGAAAUAGUUGGGCUACUUACUGAAGGAUCAAACCAGCUAAAGAUUCUCUCUAUUGUGGGCAUGCCAGGACUAGGUAAGACUACCUUGGCCAAUGCUGUAUAUAUGCAUCCUUCUGUUGAUACAUGCUUUGAGGUUCGUGCAUGGGGUAACUUAUCUCAAGUUUACCAGAAAGAGACCUUGUUGUCCAGUAUAUUAGAUCAAGUGCAUGCCAAUCCAAGCCACAACACCAGUGGAAAAGAUGUUGGUCAAAUGCUUUACCAAAGUUUAAAGCGUAGAAGGUACCUAAUUGUGUUAGAUAAUAUAUGGGACAUAGAGACCUGGAGUGGUUUACGUUCAAUUUUCCCUGAUGACGAGAAUGGGAGUAGAAUUUUAUUUACUACUCGAAGCCAUGGCGUUGCAACACAAGCCAAUAGUUUUCCUUAUGCUCUUCACCUACUCUCCAACGAAGAGAGCUGUGAAUUGCUAUGGCUAAAGCUGUUUAAUGGAGAAACUUGUCCUCGGGAAUUGUCAAGUAUCUCAAAGCGCAUUGCCUGCAGUUGUAAAGGGCUACCACUUGCAGUGGUUCUGAUAGCGGGAGCUCUGAACAGGACAAAGAAAGAAAAAGAUUCUUGGGAAAAGGUUGCUAAAACCUUCAUCAGGUCGCAAAGCAUACAGGAACGAAUCUGGGACAUCUUAGAAGAAAGCUACAAGCUUUUACCAGAUCACUUGAAACCAUGCUUCUGGUAUUUAGGAACAUUUCCAGAGGGCACAACAAUUUCUGUAUCCAAACUGAUGAGGUUGUGGAUUUCCGAAGGAUUUAUUCAGCAGCCAAAUUCGGGCCAGAGGAGCUUAAUUCAAGAGGCAGAGACUUGCUUGAAGGAUCUAAUUGAUAGAAGCCUCGUACUGGUUACCAGAAAAGGUUCCAAAGGUGGAGUCAAAGAAUGUCGCGUUCAUGAUGUACUACGGGAAUUUUGCUUAGCAAUACUCAAGCAAGAAAGAUAUGAAAUGCAAGAACACAUCUUUCCUGGUGGAAUUUCAGUUCUUUAUGGUGAUUUUAGAAGGCCCGAGCAGAAUCUUUUGAGCACUUUCCCUACAACCAAGGAGCCACAGAUAAGUUCUUUGACGUACUAUGAUAUGACCGAUAUAGAAAAAGAAUCCAGAGAUAGAGAGGAUCUGCUUAAACAGAAGGAGUUGAGGGAUUUGCAUCCUCGAAUUAGAGAUGGUACUCUCUCUGAACAAGCCAUAUUCUCUGAUUUGAUUCCUGUCGGUAGAGGUCUUCUCAGUGAACAGGUGCCUAACCGAUAUAGACGAUUACAUUAUGGUUUUGUUCUCAAGUAUAAAUACCUCAGGGUGUUGGAUUUGGCAAAUGUUCUAUUCCAAAAUAGCGCCGACACCUCUGAUCUCGUCAAUAUAGCUAAUCUGGCUUAUCUGAGGUAUUUAGCUGUUAGAAUUCGGACAACUGAAAUCCCCUCUGAAAUAGGCAAUCUCCGAAACUUGGAAACUUUUCAUCUUAGCGGAGCAAUUGGUAGAGUCACGUUACCAGAGGCCAUUUGGAAGUUGGUAUGCUUGCGGGAUGUUAUAAUGGAUCAUUGUUUCUUCAGUUUCCAGCACUACAGUAGAGAAUUUUUUGAGGACUCUUCCCAGCUGGAUAACUUAAAAUCACUCUCCACGAUUUAUAUAUGGCAUGGAAAUGUUGAGAAGUUGAUGCGGAUGCUACCUGGUGUUCAGAAGCUAGGAUGCAUAUUUUCAAAUUCUUGGCAAGAGUGUUGUGAAGCCAGCAAUCUCUUUAAAAUGUUGGAGUGCUUGCGUGAGCUUCAAUCACUCAAGAUGUCCUUCCAUGCUAUGGCACCAUAUCCUUUUAAGUUUACUUUACCUUCAAACCUGAAAAAGUUGACAGUAUCGAAUGCUCGCCUACCAUGGGAUGAAAUUUCAGUCAUCGGUCAGCUACCCAACCUUGAGGUUCUGAAACUACUCAGCAAGGCAUUCGAGGGACAGGAAUGGGACAUGAGAGAAGGUGAAUUCCAGAGACUGAAGUUCUUGAAACUGGACUCUCUGGAUAUUGUACAAUGGAGUGCCUCUGGCGAGCACCUGCCCUGCCUCGAGCAACUCGUGGUGCUAAGCUGUCAGCGACUCGAGGAGAUCCCUUCUUCUUUUGGAGAAAUUUCAACUCUACAGUUGAUUGAGUUGAAAUGGUGCAGCACUUCAGCCAAGGAUUCUGUCAAGCAAAUUCUAGAUGACCAGCGCGAUUAUGGCAAUCAUCAGCUCAAUGUCACUGUUGUCGGCUAG